AUGUCCUUCGCUGCGCCUCGUAAGAACUCAGAUACUGGCAGCCCGUUGGUGCCCAGAAGGAGGAGGAACUUUCUCGAUCGAAAAAUUAAACCUAACCCUAAGUAUGCUCAUGUAGUAUCAAACAUCGACACUGGCGCCACUGCGAAGAACAUCACUCUCGUAUCGGACAAGGAGCUCGCCUCGAGGAAACAGGAGGUGUUCCGCAGUAGGUCUCGACAGAUCUAG